CUUUGAUAUUUUUAAAAAUACAAGAUGGCAUUAAAUAUCGACGAUGUCUUAAAUGCGAUAAGUAACGAAAAUUUUGAUUUCGAUGCUCCUGGAAUACCAUCAGAUGAAGAAGAAUACUUGGACAGACGUUUGACGAUGUCAGAUAGCGACUCAAGGCAAGUAUUUACAUGUUUUUAGCGAACAGAUGUUUUCAUGUCAUGGUCGAAGGAUUAAAUUUACAUUCGACGCAACGUGAACUUUGACGCACAUUUGCCAUAAGAAUUUGGUUCAUAAUCUAAGAUCUGAUACGAAAUAUAACAAAUAUACAAAUAAUCGAUAUAAUAAGGCAUUUAUUUGAGAGUUCUGUUAUUUAUAUUGCCACAAAAAUCAAAGGUUUGAACCGAUAUCAAAAUGUGUGAGUGUCGUGUUGCACACAUGACAUAAGUGGGCAUUUAAAAAAUUAAUUUAUGCAUUUUUGUUUAUAUGAACUAAGAUAAUACCAUGUAUCAGUAUGUUUAUAGUGUUUUAUUUUUUUAUAGUGAUGAAGAACCUGUUGAUGAAGAUGAUGAUGAUUUUGAAGUAGAUGACGAGGAUCCGGAUGGGGAGGGGGAUGGUGAUUUAGGGGAGGGUAGUGGUGGAAGGGGCCGAUCCCCAAUUAGGAGACGGGCUGACUCCCCUAAUGGUACUUCUGGCAAUAGGGGAAGGGGCAGUAGGGCCAGGGGCGGUAGGGCUAGGGGUGGUAGGGCCAGGGGCGGUACUAGGGCCAGGGGCAGUAGGGCCAGGGGCGGUAGGGCCAGGGGUGGAAGGGCUAGGGAUACCGGGGCCAACAAUAGUAGUAGUAAAUCUUAUAAUGAUGCGGACAUUAGGAAUACCCUCCCUCCUUUUCAACCAAGCCGUCCGCCAGGAAUUCAUUUUGAUAGGCAUGUCUUGCGGGGAGGAAUGACAACUGAAUUAGAAUUUUUUCGUCUCUUCUUUACCACUGAGAUGAUAAAAUCAGUUGUUGCCCACACCAACAGCUACGCAUUCAUGAGACUUGUAGCUGGGGGGUUCACCACAUACACCACUGGGGAGGGGGCCUGGAAAACAACUACUGAAGAUGAAAUAAAUCAUUUAAUUGCUAUUUUGAUUUAUUUUGGUCUGGUACGUGUAGACACAGCAGUUGAAAAGUAUUGGAGCACAAAGACCCUUUACCACGGUCUCUGGGCAAGGAAAAUACUUUCCCGUAAACGUUAUAAAGCCCUUAUGGCAUUCCUGCAUGUGGUAGAUCCCGCCGAAGAGAUUGCUAGCAAUAAACUGCGCAAGGUUGAGGAGUUUCUGGCAUCAUUCAAAGAGCGAUGCCGUAUGUUAUACCAACCGUACCAGAAUAUUGCUGUAGAUGAACGCAUGGUUAAGUCUAAACAUAGGUCGGGCAUUAGGCAAUACAUGAAGAAUAAGCCUACAAAAUGGGGGAUAAAGCUUUGGGUAUUGGCAGAUAGUUCAAAUGGGUAUACAAUUGAUUUCAAUGUUUACAUAGGUAAGUCACAGCAUGAAGCACCGUCGCAGAAUGGCCUUGGUUAUGAUGUGGUGAUGAAGUUGGUGAAUCCAUAUUUGGGGCAAGGGUAUCAUGUAUAUUUUGAUAAUUUUUUUUCAUCCCCUAAGUUAGUCCAAGAUUUGUUCAUGAAUGGGACCCCAUCAUCAGGCACAUGUAAAACUAACAGGGAGGGUUUCCCUAAAUGCAUGAAGGAUGUGAAGGUGUGGGCGAGGAGGUUGGAGCGAGGUAGCAUGCGAUGGGCAAGGGAAUCCAAUGUGUUAACCCUGCAAUGGGUUGAUAACAGGCCUGUUUCCUUGAUUACAUCUAUUGAUUCCGCGAAUGAUAAAAAGGAUGUGGAGAGAAGGACGAAAACGAGAGGAGUGUUUGAAAAGGUGACUGUAAGCCAGCCCUAUGCAUUUCAUAGAUAUAACCAGUACAUGAACGCAGUAGAUAGGUCUGACCAAAUGCUUGCAUGUCAUAAUGUAAAUCGUAAAUGUUAUCGAUGGUGGAAGACAUUAUUCUUCCACUUAAUAGAUAUGGCAAUUGUUAACAGUUUCCUUCUAUUUCAAAGCCAUCGUAACAGUGACCCGGGUAAUCCGGCGUUGCAUCGUAAGUCCACAUAUUCUAUAGUUGAUUUUCGGGAGGAGAUAAUUAGACAAAUUUGUGGGUUAGCAGAGUAUGAUAGACCUCCUGUGAAUGAGCAAGUGCAGGCUGUUCCUCCCCAUGAUCAGUUUUGUACUGCCCAUUUGCCUAUAAAUGCAGCAAAUGGUGUAAGAAGGAAUUGUGUUGUUUGUUACGCGGAAGGUCGAGGGGAAAAGAAGGUGCCUACUUAUUGUAGUGCUCCUCAGUGCAAUAGGCACAUGCAUGUUGCUGGUGAGCAUAAUUGUUUUGUUGUAUGGCAUAGUAGGGAUUACACUGGUAAGAGGUCAUGAGUAUUUCUGCAUUUGGUAUUUUGGGUGGACUGAAACAUGUCCAACAUCAAAUUUGUCAAACGAAUGAAAUUUGUAUCAUAUUUCCCAUUGUGAUUACAGGUCAUUCAUUAUUUGACAUACAUUCCAUUUUUUAAUAACAUUUUCCUU